AUGAAAUUUUGUAUUCAGGACGAUGCAUUACAAGAUUGGUGCGCAGAAGUUGCCAAAGAAAUUUGGGAGCAGAAGCCAGAAUUUGCUAUCGUACACAUACAAGGAUUACGCAGUGCUGAAAAUCCUGAUAUACUUUCAAAUAAAAUUCUAAAAAGCUUAUUAUACGAUGCUGCUGAAAUGCAAAAUCAGUUCAAAACAAGUCGUUCAUAUUUUGAUACACGUGAAACAGGUCUUGGGUCAGUUUACCUAUUUCGGAAUCAUCAAGAAAUUGAAGCUUUUGAUCGCUACAGUAACACUGGUUAUAAAAGUCUUCGUCCCGGUCAUCAGUAUGAUAUUGGUGCUCGAGAAUGUGAUGGUUUUAUUUCUAGCACAUUUAGUAGUGCUUCUAGUUCGACUUCUAACUAUUCGUUACGCUCUGAAAAAGAUUUUCAUGUAUGGGUAUUUUUGAAGCGUAAUAAUAGCGAGAAAUUAAUGACAGAAAAAGCGGUACAAAGUGGUUACUUAAUGUCGCGGUUUCGCAUUUAUGGUCGUGAUUUUACUUUUGUGAAUCUUAGCUUGCAUACUGUGCCGUUUGAAGAUGUGAAAGAACUUGUUGAACAACCUGAAACUACCAAAGCUGCGCGACUGCGAAAAAAUCAAAUCGAUAUUUUACUUAAAGAAAUUGAAUCAGAAGGAUUAAAAGAUGAUUCUAUUCUUGUUGCUGGUGCUUUCAAUGCUCAGUUAUUUGAAACACAAUUACUUAGCGAUAUGGCUGAUACUCAAAGAGCAACUAGUUAUGCAAAAAAGAGUUCAGAUGGUAAACUGGAAGGGAUUGAACAACGUGAUCGUCAUGGCAGAAGUAUUGUAACGGUGGAAAGUCAUCGUUUUGAUCUUCAUUCUAUUCAUGAUUGGUUCUUCCGUCUUGGUAGAGGUCAAAUGGUCAAGAAAUACAACGGAGAACUUGCAUUGGUUGUUUUUGGGGGCAAAUUACUAGAAGAAUCCGUAUUUUUCCAGCCGUCACGUCAUUAUGGCAUCAACAAAGCAACCGGCAAAGAAGAAUUCAACAAAAACUUAUGCCCAGCCUGGGCUGAUCGUGUAUUGUACAAUGAAAAAUUGAGCGAUUUAUUCAGACAUGAUUCAUUCUGUGCAUCUGGUCUAUAUUAUGGACUCGUAGCUGAGAAAAAAUUCGUUGGGCAACAUAAACCAGUUGCUUUACAUGCUACAAUAUGUCUCAAGUAA